GUUCUUAUCCCAUUCAAUAUGUCUGGAAUCUGGGUUUUCUUUCCUUCUCUUUCUCUGCUUUUCCCAGAUCCUGAGAAAUAAGAAAAAUAUAUAUACUUUUUAAAAGUUUUUCUAAAUCUCCAGAAAAUGGGUUUCUCUUACAACACCAAUAUUUAAUUGUAUAAUUUAUUUUUUUGCUGGUUUCUUAUUUUUUAUUCUCAUCAUUAUCGUACCUCUGUAAUAUGCAAAAGAAAUUGGGAUUUAUUCUUCGGAGAAGGCUGGAGUAAUCAAAAGCGAGAACGAAGAGCCACUACAGAAGUUUUCAGAUGGAAGUGCAAAAUUCUGAACAAGGGCAGAUAAUUGAAAUACGUGGAGAUGUGCCAGCUGCAGAGACAAGCCUAGGUGGAAAUACGAUUUGUGGAGGCGCAGCAUGUGGGUUUUCUGAUGCUCAAACCAUUUCUAAAGAUGCAAACGAACGUGCAGCCUCUAUGCGGAAAUUGUUAACAGCAGUAGUGCUGUGCAUUGUCUUUAUGAGUGUUGAAGUAGCCGGAGGAAUUAAAGCCAACAGUCUUGCAAUCUUAACUGAUGCAGCUCAUCUCUUGUCAGAUGUUGCAGCAUUUGCAAUUUCCUUGUUUUCUCUCUGGGCAUCAGGGUGGGAGGCUACUCCUCGUCAAACAUAUGGAUUCUUCAGGAUUGAAAUUCUUGGUGCCCUUGUUUCCAUCCAGAUGAUAUGGCUUCUAGCUGGCAUCCUUGUUUAUGAAGCCAUAGCUAGACUUAUCCAUGAUACAGGGGAAGUACAAGGCUUUCUCAUGUUCGUGGUUUCUGCAUUUGGUUUAGUGGUUAAUAUAGCUAUGGCUAUCUUGCUGGGUCAUGAUCAUGGGCAUCACCAUGGCCAUGGUGGGAACGAUCAUGACCACCAUGGUCACAGUCAUAGCCAUGACACUGAACCACAUAGUCAUGGAUUAAGUAUAACUUCUCACCAUCACCUUCACCAUAAUCAUGGUGGGAAUAGUAAACUACAUGAUGAGCACCAUCAUGCUCACGAAGCUGAAGCUGACCACCAGGUGCCUCUUCUUAAGACAUACUCAGAUUGUGAAAAGAACCCAGAAAGUGGAGCAUCUCAGAAGAAGGAAAGAAACAUCAAUAUACAAGGGGCUUAUCUUCACGUACUAGGGGAUUCCAUUCAGAGCAUCGGAGUGAUGAUUGGUGGAGCAAUAAUUUGGUACAAACCUGAGUGGAAAAUAAUUGAUUUGAUAUGCACCCUCGUAUUCUCCAUUAUUGUAUUGGCAACAACCAUCAGGAUGCUGCGAAACAUUUUGGAAGUUCUGAUGGAGAGCACGCCCCGAGAAAUUGAUGCCACGAGGCUGGAGAAGGGUUUAUGUGAGAUGGACGAGGUUGUUGCCAUACAUGAACUGCACAUUUGGGCCAUAACUGUUGGUAAGGUGUUAUUAGCUUGCCACGUCUUAAUUAAGCGUGAAGCUAAUGCUGACAUGGUAUUGAACAAGGUUAUAGAUUACAUCAGGAGAGAAUACAAUAUCAGUCACGUAACAAUUCAGAUAGAGCGGCAGUAAAUCCUUUUGUAGUUUCACUGUUGGUUGGUUGGUAUGGUUUGAAGAUUUCUACCUAUCUCUGUCUUUGCUGCAUGUGUUUGCAUAUCUCUCAUCGCCUACCAACCUGGUUAUAUCUUCUUCCCCAUAGUAAAUUUUCAUGAGAAAUGGGCAUAUAUAUUUGAGAUUCCGUAAUACUUGCAGACAACAUUUUGUAGUGGGUGCUUUAAACUCCAACUCUGGCCAUUUAUCAUGUCCGCUGGCAAGGAGCAGUUGUUAUCCAAUCAAAUCUCCCAUGUUUUUGGGUUCGAGAAAAGCCUGCUCUUCCUUUUGCUUUCUUUCUUUUCUUUUAUGUCAAUGAUAAUACCAUCUUUUUCCGUAAGGGGUUUAUCCAGAGUCCAUAUUGCAAGUAGGUAGAUGGAUUCUAAUAAACGGCCAAUUGGGAUUUUAGAUUCAUGGCAUUUUUUUACAUUCCAUAAGUGUUGAUGGGCACAUCUGCAGUACUUUCAGAGCUGAGUCUGAUUGUUAGACAAAAAAAUGACGGUCCACGUGAAACAUACAAGUAAGAAAUGGUUUUUGGAGGAGUUAUAAAUUGUGAAUUUUGAUAUUGGAUUCGGGGUUAA